CAAGAUGCCCCCCAAGAUCUCCUUCUGGCUGCUGCUGCGUUUGGCCGUUCUCUUGGCAGCUUUCCUGGCACAGUCCAGCGAAGGGGCCACCUACCGGGAUUUCGCCCAUAGGCAUAUCGAUCAUCCGAGAACCAGAGCCCCCAACCCCAAUGCCUACUGCAACCUCAUGAUGAGGCGGAGAGGCAUGAUGAAUAGAUUUUGCAAGCCCACCAACACGUUCAUCCACAACAGGCCCAGCACCAUCCAGGCUGUCUGCAAUAGGGGAGGGCGGCCAGUGAAUCACAAUCUAUACGACAGCAGAAGCCGCUUCCGCGUCACCACCUGCCGAAAUAGAGGCCGGUAUCCUCGCUGCCAGUAUGUCGGCAGACAAGAGUCCAGGAGAAUUCGUUUGGCCUGUGUCAGGAGACAGCCGGUUCACUUCGAGAGGCUCAUCUAG